AUGUCUUCCUUUUUUCUUUCUUUCGUGCUUUCUUUCUUAAUUUUUCUUUCUUUCGUGCUUUCUAUCUUUACUUUCUUUUUUCUUUCUUUCUUUCUUUAUUUUGUUUUUAAUUUUUCUUCUUUUUUCUUUCUUUUGUUCUUUCAAUUUCUCUAUGUUAUUUUUUUAUUCUUCGUUUUAUCUCCUUUCGUUUAUUUAACUGUAUCUCUAUCCUUUGUUUCUUUUCCAUUCACCUUCCUUAUUACAUUCUUUUCUUACCCUCUUAUUCACGUUUUUUUUUUCUUGUGGGUGGAUUUUUUCAUUUUUUUUUCUUCCUUUUCAAUUCCACUUUCUCUUUUUCCAAUUUCUCUAUGCAGUUUUGUUUUUAUUUUCUUUCACUUCGAUAGGUUUUUACUUUUUUAUUCUUAUUCAAUUUUUUCUAUCUUAAACCUUUCUGUCCGUAAUUCAUAUUUCUUGAUCUCAUUCCAAUGUUCCCCUCCCUUGCCAAUCAGUCAGAAAAUUCCUUACAUUCUUAUGCCUAAUGCAAUCCAUUCCCCCCACUUUCUUACCCGAUCCCUCCUCCCUCUCGAAACAAUUCAACCCUUUUUAUUUUUAUUUCCGAAUCGUUAUAAUAUUCAAUUCAUCAUUUUCCCUGAAGAUGUUUUGACUUCUUUCUUUUUCUCCCAUCCCUUAUAUUUCCACCCUUUUCGUUUCUUUUCUUUCUUUCUUUCUUUCUUUCUUUCUUUCUUUCUUUCUUUCUUACUUUCCAUUUUACGUAUAUUUAUUCAAUCCACUUCAAAUGAACCUCACUUUCUUUCUCUCUCUCUCUUUCUCUCAUUCUCCUUGUCAUCCACACCUUUUUCUCUGUCCCCUCUUUCCUUCUUCUUUCUCUUUCUUCCUAUUCUCUGCUUCGUCUUUUAUUUCUCCAUCAUCUUCACACUUUCUUCCUUUAUAACCCUAUCUCCUCUCUUAUCCUUUCCAUUGUUUCUUUUCCCUCUCCCCAUCUCUCCAAACAUUUUUCGUUCUUCGAUUUUCUUUCUAUCUAUCUAUCUAUCUAUCUAUCUAUCUAUCAGUGUCUCCAUAUCUAUCUAUCUAUCUAUCUAUCUAUCGAUCUGA